UGACACAAUGUAAUGUCAAUUCCAGUUUAUUUACUUUACAUUGAGAUAAAGUGCUUGUGCAAAAUAUUAUAAUUAUUAAUUGUUAUAACUCGAUUUCUAAUUAAAACAUAUACUCUUAAUAGUUGAUUCUAACUCUCCUUGAAUAACGCGUAAAGUGUAUUCAAUGAACAAAGCAACUUCUUACUUAUAAGCUUGCUUCAACGAUGAACAACGUCCUAAAUGAAAAGCAAAAUAAUAGCUACCGUAAAAAGUAUAAAUUUAUGAAAAGAAGAAUUAAAAGUUUAAUACUAGAAAAUGCUGCACUUUGUGAUGAAGUUGCAAAAAUUCAAGAAAGUAUAAUAAUUGUAAAGGAUGAGAGAAAAUUUCUGUUGCGGAAACUACUGGAAUAUGUAAAUGAAGCUGAAUUUUCACAGCAAAACUACAGACAUGAUACAACUACCAUGGCUAAUGGACCCAGUGCAAAACUUAAGAAGAGAAAGAGUUUAGAAGAUAAUAGUAGAAGCAUUUCCAUAUCGUAACUGUCUAUAUGUGCCAAUAUCUCAGAUAAUCUGAUCAUCUCUGGCAUCUAAAGGAAGAGAAAGAGAUUCCAAAAAGUUUAAAGCAGAACUAUAAUAAAUAAUACAGUUGUAAGUUGUAAUGUUUCAGUUAAAA